CUUUUCCUUGCAAGUUCUGUUUACAGGGCUAAUCUCCACCUUCUUUUCUUCUCGUACAUGCUAUGAUGCAAGGAAGCUAUGCAAUCAUAUAUUCAUAAAUCACCUGCUACAAGAAAACCCCUUGCUAUAAAAAGCCUAAUCAGAUCGUUUCUUAUCAGAAAAUAGCAUUAGAAAUUAAAAAAUGAAUCAGAGCAUAGUUCACUCCCAAGGGAACGUGCCCUUCUCAUGGGAGAACAAGCCAGGGGUUUGCAAGCUAACAAGCCAAGAAGGCUCCAAAGAAGAUUACUUUCUGCAAAAGCUGCCGUCACCUCCAUAUCCACCUGAAAGUGCUAGGAUAUUGAUCCAUGGCGUUAAAAUUCCUCCUCCUCCUUGUGCCUUUCAGCAUCCUUUCAAAACUUCAAGAAGAGGACUUAGGAAGUCUGAUGACCCCUUUUUGGCAGCUUACAAGGAGUGCACCAAGAGCACUAGCAAAGGUAAGCUGGCUAAAAGUGAUGGCGGGUCUGGUUUGAAGAAGGGCAUGUUCAAUUUCUCUUGUAAACGAUCCUGCAGUGUUAGGAAUGAUAAUUUAGUUAGGAUUUCUCAGCUUCCUCUUUCUCGAGACAGUUCAGGUACAAUGAGAAGAUCAAUUUCUACUUCCAUCUGCUAAAUACACUUGGAUUCUUUUUGCUGGAGCAAACAUAUUGGAUUCAAGGUUGAUUGUGAGCUAUACAAGACCAGACUCAAGACUCGAUGAUUGAGAGCUAGCCGGAUAUUAUUUGAUCUUCACAAGUCUAGCCGUCCAAGCAAUGGCAAGAGGCAAAUUGAUUAAUUUUCUGUCACUCUAUAGAAUAUAACAUUGACAAAUUUUCUAGCAUAUCUACCUUUCAGUAGAUAUAUACUCACUACAUAUAUAUAUAUAUAUAUAUAUAUAUUUAAUUGAUUAAAUAAAUUAAAUAACUCCAUUUAAAGGUUGAAAGCAAUAAGCCAAAAGGGAGGUGACUGCAUUGUUGAAACCAAGCACCAACUCCCCAAUUCCAAAAGAUAAUUUUUGGCAAAUAGAACAUCCAACCUUAGUAAAUGGAACAAAAGAAAUGUUUGCCGAAUAAAAAGUGUAUAUAUAUUAAAAAUUUCUCUACCCAAAUUGAUUGAGACAAUUAGAGAUAUAUUAUUGAAACAAUAAUGUUAUUUAGAUUAUAUUAAUAAUGAGAUAAUUGAAAUAACGAAAAAUAUAAAUUGAUUAUAAU